AUGAGAGCUCAUUACGUCCUUGCCUGCCUGGCUAUACUGGUGGCCACCACGGGUGCCGCCAACAUAAGGCCCUCAGUGACAGCCGUAAAUAACCAGUUGUACCGCCGGUUUGUUUGCGUGAACAAGUCUAAUGGAUUCCGUGCUCUGGUGCCUGGUAGCUGCUCUAAAUACUAUGAGUGCCAGAAUGGCGUCGCCAUGGAGACCACUUGCUCGCGUUUCUUUGAUCCUAAGGUGCAGGGAUGUGUCACCUAUAACACUGGAUGCGUAGAGGUCAUGCAAACAUCAGCUACAGCAUUGAUUGGUGGUAAUUCCGGCACUGCCGCAGAACCAUGUGCAGAAACAGUAACCACUACAUGUGCCCCGCCCGUGACUACCACCUGUGAAACGACCACCCCCUGUAAGCCAGAAACGGCAACUACCACAUGUACAACGCCAACAACAACCACUUGUUCAACAGUGACAACAACCACCUGCACAACACCAACAACAACCACGUGCACGACACCAACUACAACUACUUGCACAACACCAACAACAACUACUUGCACAACACCAACAACAACCACCUGCACAACACCAACAACAACCACCUGCACAACGCCAACAACAACCACGUGCACAACACCAACAACAACCACCUGCACAACGCCAACAACAACCACGUGCACGACACCAACAACUACCACAUGUACGACACCUACAACAACCACGUGCACAACGCCAACAACAACCACGUGCACGACACCAACAACCACCACAUGUACGACACCUACAACAACCACCUGCACAACACCAACAACAACCACAUGCACGACACCAACUACAACUACUUGCACAACACCAACAACAACCACCUGCACAACACCAACAACAACCACGUGCACGACACCAACUACAACUACUUGCACAACACCAACAACAACCACCUGCACAACACCAACAACAACCACGUGCACGACACCAACUACAACUACUUGCACAACACCAACAACAACCACCUGUACAACACCAACAACAACCACGUGCACAACACCAACAACAACCACCUGCACAACACCUACAACAACCACUUGUUCAACGGUGACAACAACCACCUGCACAACACCAACAACAACCACUUGUUCAACGGUGACAACAACCACCUGCACAACACCAACAACAACCACUUGUUCAACGGUGACAACAACCACCUGCACAACACCAACAACAACCACUUGUUCAACGGUGACAACAACCACCUGCACAACACCAACAACAACCACUUGUUCAACAGUGACCACAACCACAUGCACAACAACCACAUGCAUUGUACCAGAAACAACAACGUGCACACAACAAACAACCACCAUUUGCCCUCCUGCAGCAUCGGGCAGUAAGGUAAGACCCUCGUCUGUCCAUGUGAGACCCGCCGCGAGACCGUUCCACAGCCCUCUGGCCGAGACACAGCAGCAGCCAAUGGAGAUGGCCUCGGCAACGAACGAAUUGAGCAUGAACCUUUACACCAGCUACGUGUGCCGCAACAAGCCCGACGGCUUCAUGCUGGCCUCCCUGACGAGCUGCAACAACUAUUAUAUCUGUCGCUACGGCAAGCCCCUGCAAGUUAGCUGCGGCAAGAAGUACUUCAACGCGCUGAAGGGCAUCUGCGAUCUGCCCGAGAACACACGCUGCGUACAGCCGCAGGCUUGA